UAGCCUGUAAUAAUAUCAGCAAAUGCCAUGCGAAUGCAGAAUCCAUCUUCAAAGACACACAGUCACCAUCUCUUCCUCCUCCACAAUCCAUGACUAUGGCUCCUUCACUUCCCACAUACCUCCAAAUUUUCCAACCUUAUCCACUUCACACCCCUCUUUUCACCACCAACAAUGGCAUCUUCAGAACCCGACCCAGUAAGCAACCCGUUCCAAAGAAACUCUCUUUCUCCGCCACCAAUCUUUCACUCCAACAAACAAACACUUCACCCAUCAAACAGACAACAACAAAUGACCUCGUUGAUUUUGAGGAUAGAACCACUAGGUUCCGAAUCAAGGGUCUUGUCGACAGAAUCACAUCACUGUCUUCCUCAAACAGCAAAACCCAGAUGAUGGUUCAAAUCCUAGAGAACAGAGAUGCUGAGUUUCAAACCAUAUCAGAUUUCAACCACCUUCUCAUGGCUCUAGUGGUUGCACAUGAGCCUGAGGUUUGUCUCAGCAUCUUCAAAGAGCUUCCAUCUUUUGAAGUUGAACCAGAUUGCUGCACUUACUCCAUCAUGAUAAGGUGCCACUGUGAGAAAAACGAUGUGGAUGAAGCUAAGAAAGUGUUGGAGGGUGUUCUGGAUAAUGGGUCUCAACCAGAUGCUGCAACUGUUACUGUUCUUGUGAAUUCACUUUGUAAGAGGGGGAAGGUGCAGAAGGCUAUGGAGGUUUUUGAGCUUAUGGGGAAAGUGGGUUCUAGGCCUGGUGUUCAGGCAUAUAACUGUUUGCUGAAGGGGUUGUCUUAUGUGGGGAAAGUGGAACAAGCGUUUGAUAUGUUGAUGGGGAUGAAGGGAACUUCAUUGGAGCCUGAUGUUUAUUCUUACACUGCUGUGAUGGAUGGGUUGUGCAAAGUGGGUCGUUCUGAUGAAGCAAUGGAGUUGCUGAAUGAAGCUGUUGAAAUGGGAUUAGCACCUAAUGUGGUGGCUUUUAACACACUGCUACAAGGGUAUUCAAGGGAAGGGAGGCCAAUGGAAGGUGUUUCUGUUCUGAAGAUGAUGCAGAAGCAUGGGUGUGUUCCUGAUUGUAUUAGCUAUAGUACUGUGUUGCAUGGGUUGCUGAAAUGGAAUGAAGUUCUAGCAGCCCUUGAGGUUUACAAGGAAAUGGUGGGACUUGGGUUGGAAGUGAAUGUGAGGAUUAUGGGGGCACUUGUGAGGCGUUUGUGUAAGAGGUCAUGGAAGGAAAGAGGUCUGCUUCAGGAUGCAGAGGAGGUGUUUGAGAAAAUGAAAGAGAGAGGCUUGGUGGUUGAUCAUAGGACACUUGAGGUGAUGGUUCAGACAUUGUGUAGGGAAAAGAGAUUUGAUGAGGCUUUUGCCAAUUUGAAUGAUAUGGUUAGGUUGGGUUAUUCUGCUGGGGCAUUUACUUUUCACAAUGUGAUUCAAGGCCUUUGUUCUAGGGGGAAAGUGGAUGAGGGAGUGUCAACUUUUAUCCUUUUGCAUGCAAGUGGAGGAAUCCCUGAUAGAAUUUCUUACGACGUAUUGAUCAAGGAACUUAAUGCGCGGGGGAGAGUGUCUUGUGCUUCCUAUUUGUUUGGUGCCGCGCUGAAGCAAGGUCUUGUUCCCAACAGGGUACCUAUGCUAUGUGAAUAUUAUGAAAUUGAGGAGGGAGGAACUGUAACUGAUACAGAGGAGUUAGUCACUAGUCAGCAACUCAAGCUGGCCUAGAGUUGCUGAUAUGGAAAUUUAGCUGUAAGUGGAUGACGAGUUUCAUGUUAAGGUUAAGGGAGCGAAGCAGGUAAGUCGUAAUCGGAGGCAUGUCAGCGGCAAAGCUAGGAAGUUUAUCUUUUAGGAGGGGGGAAACUAGUUGAGUUUGGUGCUUCUGUUUUAAGGUGCAAUGAUAUGGGUUUGUUGAUAUGUUUCCCUGAGGUGUAUGAAAAGAGGUGCUACUUUUGCUUUGAGUGAAAUGUAAAGUAGAGGUUCAAUUAGAUGGAAAUAAAAUAGCAUUAGUGCUGUGUAUGGAUUCAGGAUUCAUGUGAGUUAUGGACUUAUCGUGGCCGCUUUCUCUUUUGUUGUGAAUGACAAUACUCUGGUGAGUUCGAUUUGUAGUGUGUGUAGAUCAUGGAUAUGUGAUGAAUGUGGGAAGAUGAUCUAGGGUGUUAUGAAGCCUUGAGAGAAGUGAGGUGAUGCAAAGGUGAGGGGUGGCCACUAACAUAAUAUGUACUAUAACUAAGAAAAUUCCACACUUUAUUUUCUCCA